AUGAGAGUGUCCACUAGGGUAGGAGCUCAGCUUCCUCUCGAACUCAUCCUGCUUUUCGCCGAAUAUCUUAUGCCUGUUGACCUGCUGUCUCUUUUACGUGCGUCUCCUGGGCUCGCAUGGGCCCUGACUUUUCAGCACACCACGCUUCAGGACAGAGGGGGGCGGACGAUCCUACAUCUACUCGCGAGGGAAGGGGAGGGCGAAUUGAUGAAGCUACUGCUCGCAAACGACGGUAUCAGGCCAGACCCGAAGGAUAACUGGGGUCGGACGCCGUUGUCCCAUGCGGCUGAAGGAUAUGAAGUGGUGGUCAGGGUACUGCUGAACCGACAAGAUGUCGAGGCGGACUCCAAGGACAACGAUGGGUUGACUCCGUUAUCCUAUGCGGCUCAAGGUGGACAUGAAGCGGUGGUCAGGCUAUUGCUGGACCGACAAGAUAUCGAGGCAGACUCGAAGGAUAACUGGGGUCGGACGCCGUUGUCCCAUGCGGCUGAAGGAUAUGAAGUGGUGGUCAGGCUACUGCUGAACCGACAAGAUGUCGAGGCGGACUCGAAGGACAACGAUGGGUUGACUCCGUUAUCCUAUGCGGCUCGAGGUGGACAUGAAGCGGUGGUCAGGCUACUGCUGGACCGACAAGAUGUUGAGGCGGACUCGAAGGAUAGCGUGGGUCGGACACCGUUGUCCUUUGCGGCUGGAGGCGGACAUGAAGCGGUGGUCAGGCUACUGCUGGACCGACAAGAUGUCGAGGCGGACUCGAAGGCUAAUUGGGGUCAGACACCGUUGUCCUUUGCCGCUGGAGGCGGACAUGAAGCGGUGGUCAGGCUACUGCUGGACCGACAAGAUGUCGAGGCGGACUCGAGGGAUAACGUGGGUCGGUCACCGUUGUUAUAUGCGGCCUGGCGCGGACAUGAAGCGGUGGUCAGGCUACUGCUGGACCGACAAGAUGUCGAGGCGGACUCGAAGGCUAACUGGGAUCGGACACCGUUAUCCUGUGCGGCUGAAGGUAGACAUGAAGCGGUGGUCAGGCUACUGCUGGACCGGCAAGAUAUCGAGGCGGACUCGAAGGAUAACUGUUGA